AUGACUACUCCGAUGAACGAAUCGAGCCUCUGUCGCGAGAGCGAAUGCACCAAAAAUGAACCGAUUGCCAUUGUGGGCAUGGGAAUGAGAUUGCCCGGAAAUGUUCACACUGCGAGUGAAUUCUGGGACAUGCUCGUCUCGGGCAAAAGUGGCCAUGGCCCAGUCCCCAAGAGUCGAUAUAACGCGAAUGCCUUCUUCCAUCCCGCUACCGCCCCAAUGACUGGAUACUUCUUGCAAGAGGAUCCCGCAUGCUUUGAUGCCGGGUUUUUCUCCGUAAGCGCUAAAGAGGCUGGGCUUAUGGAUCCUCAGCAACGGCUGCUCCUCGAAGUCGUGUGGGAGUGCCUUGAAGAUGCCGGCGAAACCAGUUGGCGAGGGAAGGACAUAGGCUGUUAUGUCGGAGUGUUUGGGGAGGAUUGGUUAGAGCUGUCCCUCAAGGGAUUAGACCCUUGUCCAGAUCGUCAUCAUGCCUUGGCUACCGGAGGCUUUGCUUUGUCAAACAGAGUUUCAUAUGAAUUCGACUUUCGUGGGCCGAGCAUGACGAUACAAACCGGAUGCUCCGCUUCGCUGGUCGGCUUGCACGAGGCUUGCCAGGGGCUUCGUUCCGGGCACUGCUCCGCUGCCGUCGUUGCUGGGACCAACCUCAUAUUGACCCCGACGAUGACAAGCGUUAUGAACCAAAAUGGAGUUCUGUCCCCUUCGGGAAAAUGCCAGACAUUUGAUCGCAAUGCCGAUGGGUAUGGGCGUGGAGAGGCAGUCAAUGCGGUCUAUAUCAAGCGCCUCACCGACGCCUUGAAGGAUGGCGACUCUGUCCGUGCGGUUAUACGGUCUACAGCCGUGAACUUUGACGGGAGGACGGCAGUUAUGACCAACCCCAGCGGAUUAGCGCAGGAAGCGCUCAUAAGAACGGCAUACAAACAGGCGCAAAUUGAUAGGAUCUGCGACACGGGCUUUUUCGAAUGCCAUGGGACAGGUACGUCAGCUGGAGAUUCGGUCGAGGCAUCUGUUGUGGCCAAGGUCUUUGAGGGCCAUGGCGUACUUACUGGUAGUCCUAAUCCUUUUGUCAACAUGGAAGGCUCCGGGAUACAGGUUCCAGUGAAAGCCAGCCCGUGGCCGGAUGACCGUAAGGAACGUGUGAGUGUUAAUUCCUUCGGUAUAGCUGGCGCGAAUGCGCAUGCCAUUCUGGAUUCUGCAGCUACAUUCGGAGUGCAGAAGAUGUCUCCACCGGGAUCAGAUCGUCCGCACCUCAUCGUGGUUUCUGGACACAAUAAAGAGUCCUUGCAGCGUCGUAUACAAGACAUAGCAGGCUAUAUAAACUCUAACCCAAAAAGCGUCCAUGAUUUUGCAUAUACAUUAGCAUUACGACGGGAGCAUCAUAGUCAUCGGGCAUAUGCAGUAAUCUACCCAGACACGCCGGUGGACCUGUCACAAUUCCAGUCAUCAUCCACGACGCUCCGCUUUCCUGCAAUAACGUUCGUGUUCACUGGACAAGGAGCGCAAUGGGCAGGAAUGGGUAGGCAACUCCUCGCAACUGAGCCUUUAUUUUAUAAUGCGAUCAAGAAGAUGGAUGAGGUGCUUCAGGAGUUGGCAGACCCUCCAGAAUGGUCAUUACUUAAAGAGCUAUCGCGCAUGGGUGCUGAGUCGCGUGUCAAUGAGGUUGAACUAUCCCAGCCACUGUGCACUGCCCUCCAGCUCGGAUUGCUCCAGAUCUUAACAUACUGGGGUAUUAAACCGAGCACAGUAGUAGGACAUUCUAGCGGUGAGAUCGCAGCAGCCUAUGCAUCAGGUGCGAUUACCAUGGAGUCAGCCAUUAUUAUCGCAUUCUACCGUGGAAAGUUGGCCAAGUUACAAGAGGGCUCCGGUGCAAUGGCAUCAAUUGGACUAACACUUGACGAGGUUAUACCGUUCCUGCUCGACGGAGUGGUCGUCGCGUGUGAGAACAACCCUCGCAAUGUGACGAUUUCAGGACCCAAGGACAAACUUGCCCAGGUGAUCAGCAAUAUCACAGCAGCUCUUCCAGGAACUUUCUGUCGGAAGCUACGAGUGCAGGUCGCUUACCAUUCCCCCCAGAUGGAGACUCUAGGCACGACCUAUGAGGACGCUCUCUCACCACAUGUAAUCCCGCGUUCACAUAUGCGGCCAAUGUUGUCUACUGUCGUUGGGGAUACCCUCACUGACCCUUCUCAACUGGGGCCAGAGUACUGGCGUCGCAACCUCGAGUCCCCUGUUCGCUUUUCAAAGGCAAUAGAAAUGCUCCUUCGGAAGAAAACGAAGUGCACCAAUAUUUUUAUCGAAAUUGGUCCGCAUUCAGCCUUGUCUGCACCCCUUCGGCAGAUGUUUCAACUUGCCCCUCAAUCACCUCGCGUGUACAUACCUACCCUUACGCGCAACGACGAUCACCAACAAUCCCUGCUACUUGCAACGGCUGGAUAUGUAUUCAACACAGGCUCUUUUGUCAAUCUUUCCACAAUUGUCAAUGCGGGUCGACUACUAAGCGAUAUCCCGCGCUUUCCAUGGACGCAUACUGACAGGUACUGGUGCGAGGGUAAACCAAGUCGCGAUUGGCGGCUACGCUCACUCCCUCACCAGGAGCUACUUGGCUCCUUGGCGAUGGAGGCGACUACCCUGGAACCGUCAUGGCGAAAUGUGUUGCGGCUAGAUGAUGUACCAUGGCUAUCAGACCAUGUCUUGCACGGCGAAGUUGUCUUCCCAGCUGCCGGGUACAUUGCCAUGGCGGGUGAGGCCAUCAGGCAGUUAAAUAUCCUGAAUAACCAACGAGAAUCUAGCUCCGAAGUCUACUCCAUACAGAACAUCCGAUUCGAGUCUCCUCUUAUGUUAGCUAGCGAUGCUGCAAUUGAGGUCAUUUCAAGCCUCAAGCCAAUUGAAUUGGCAGACGGGGUCAGUUCCGGGUGGUACAACUUUACUGUAUGCGCAUGCGACGGGGCUAAAUGGACAGUGCACUGCAAAGGCUGUGUGCGUGCAGGGAGUGAUUACCCAAUUUCUGGUAACUAUAAAGAAACCAGACCUUUACCCCGAGUGGUGGAACCAUUACGCUGGUACCGCACAGUGCAGCGAUGUGGAUUGCAAUACGGCCCCCAGUUCCAGCGUCUGCAAGACAUCACAGCCGACCCACUUGACCAUGCUGCAGCUGCCACUGUAUACCAGCCUGAAAUGCAGAACGGGACCUAUUACGCUAUACAUCCUGCUGUUAUUGACCAAGCUCUUCAGCUGAUCGGUAUAGCUGCAUCGAAAGGAAGGUUGCACACCAUUUCAGGGGCCUAUAUUCCCGCCAGGAUUGAGCGACUUGUUGUAGAUGGUGGGACUUGGUCGCCGAUUUCCUUCGAAGCUCAGACUUUCCAAGAUAAAGAAAAGGGGCAGCAGGCAAAGAUUAUCGGUACCACAGAGGGCCAUACAAUCUUCAGCCUCGAAGGUGGAGUCCUAGCUGGCCUGGCAGGGUCCAGCAGGACAAGCCCAAAUGACAUUGACCUAAUGUCACGGCUACAUUGGAAACCAGAUAUUGACUUACUGCCCCCUCAUAAGAUUCUAACUCCGCGCCCCAAUCUUGGACAUGCUACCCACCGGAGGAUUCUUGGGCUCCUUUCCUUGAUACACAUCCGAGCCACAGCUGAACGAAUUGAAUCUAUGGAGUCGUCUGCGCAACACCUAAUGAAAUGGAAAUCGUGGAUUCUCUCGGAAGCAGCCAAAGUUCGCGUGGGCGUGCACCCAAAUCUACAGCCACUUGCCAAAUGGAUCCAAGAAGUGCAGCCGGAGAAGCAGGAUAGUCUUCUACAUGCAAUGAAGGAAGUACUGAUGUCUUCAUCGACUACAACCAAUGAUGAGCUGUCUACUUCCCACAAAGAUUCAAUCAAGUGGAAUGAUUUGGCUCCAGCUGACUUGUUGGAGAAAAUCUAUAGCCGCCUUGACAAAAUAUCAGCCGUCCUCCCCGGCCUGACCAUUACGGAAUGUAUGAGGGCAGUAUAUGAGAACGCCGUCGAUUUCAUGUCGGGGAAAUGCUCCCCGCUAGAGGUACUUGUUGCCAGCAAUAGUUUAGAAAGGUUUUACGAGGACACAUUGGCCCGGGAGACUGAUCUAACGGGAGUAUUUUCCCUUCUUGGACAUGCCAAUCCAUUGAUGAGAGUCCUCGAGAUCGGCGCCGGAACAGGCUCUAUGAGCGAAAUGGCGCUUUCUUCCCUGAGAUCCCCGACUGGCGCGCAUCUAUUCUCUCGCUAUGUCUUCACAGACAUUUCCGCUGGUUUCUUCGCCGCUGCCCAAGACAAGUUCAAGGGACAAGCCAAUAUGGAAUACCGAACGUUGGACAUCACACGCGAUCCAACAGAACAAGGAUUCGAGGAGCACAGCUUUGACCUAAUCAUUGCAUCCAACGUUAUACAUGUCGCCCCAAAUUUGCAUGAGGCUUUGCUACAUACAAACAAGCUCCUUGCCAAGAACGGUCGUUUCCUUCUACAAGAGUUCUAUUCGGACACACCUGUCACGGAUUACGUUGUAGGUGCGCUCCCCGGCUGGUGGGUGGGUGAAAACGAUGGACGCCCUGAAAAGCCCUACAUAUCGGGUGAGAGAUGGGACAUGCAACUUCGUGCCGCUGGAUUUACUGGAUGCGAAACAAUCGAUCGUGAUCUUGACGGUUCGAUUCAGCCAUUAUUCACCAUAAUCUCUAGGCCUGCUCAGGAGACGGUGUCUGACAGGGAGGUGACGAUUCUAUCCUCUGACCCAGAUGAAGCAGGAUGGCCUGGAGAUGUGGCAGCGUGUUUCCGGAGUAAUGGCUAUCAAGUCCAUUGGUCAAGUUUGAACAGCUCGCCCUGUAGCAGUCGAGCCGUCAUUUCGCUAUUGGAGGUCGACAGCCCAUACUUCACACAGUCUUCCAAGGAAGAAUUCCUGGUACUACAACGCUUCUUGAUGCAGAAUAAAGGAUCCAGAAUCUUAUGGGUAACACAACAAAGCACCUUUAGCUGCACAGAUCCGCGCUUCAGUAUUAUCCAUGGUCUUGCCCGUGUAUUGAGGCGCGAACUAUCGUUAGAUCUGUCACUCUUGGAAAGGGACUCCAAUGAGAAGCCUGCGCCCGAGAUUUUACUUAAACUUCAUGAGAAUAUCCAGCAGUCACGUGAAAACCCUGAUACAGAUGUGGAGUACGAGUUCGUAUUAGAAGGUGGCGUUGUUCACACAGCUCGGUCUUACCACUCGUCGCUCUCGCAAGAGCUCACAAUGCAGCCUUCAAUGGAUACACCGCGGAAGUUGGGAAUCCAGCAGGUUGGAUUGACUAGCACUCUCCAGUGGGCACCCAGUGCAAUAACAUCGAAUUUGAAUGCUGGAGAAGUAGAGGUAGAUCUAAGCUACGUGGGACUGAAUUUCAAGGACAAUUUGGUUGCCAUGGGACUUAUAGGGAAUCCGAAUGAUAUGGGUCUAGAAGCAACUGGAGUGGUGCGUCGAGUUGCUUCUGAUGUAACGGACCUAGUCCCCGGGGACCACGUUGGCGCGUUGGGGAACGGCCUAUUCUGCAAUCGCGCGGUUCUACCUCGAGAGACUCUCUCGAAGUUACCAGAGAGUCUUGCUUUGGAGGAUGGUGCUGCUAUGCUGACAGUCUAUUGCACAGCCAUUUACUCGUUGAUGCUGGUUGGGAACCUUCAGAAAGGACAGUCGGUCCUCAUUCACUCUGCUGCCGGGGGUGUUGGUAUCGCAGCCAUCAAUUUAUGCGAAAUGCUCGAUGCUACGAUAUACGCUACGGUUGGAAACGCGGAGAAGGCAGAGUAUCUCACUAAAACUUAUGGAAUCCCCAAGAGCCAAAUUUUCCACUCCCGCAAUACUUCAUUCGUGCAGGAUGUUAUGCACGCUACUAAUGGACGCGGAGUUGACGUCGUACUCAAUUCACUGAGUGGAGAGUUACUGCAUGCGUCCUGGCAAUGCGUGGCAGCCUAUGGGAAAAUGAUCGAAAUUGGAAGAAGAGACAUUCUAUCCCAUGGGAUGCUCAGUCUGAGCCCCUUUUCUGAAGACCGCACGUUUCAUGCAGUGAAUCUUGCGAACGUUAGUAGGGACCGUCCAGAUAUAGCGAUGAGCACGACUGGUAAGCAUAUGGGGAAGGUCGUAAUUCAAAUGACACCCGAUCCAACCCAGCUACCAUGUGCCCCCGUAAGGUCCAGGGCUUCUUCCCCCCCCCCCGAUGCAGCAUACCUCAUGGUCGGAGGCCUUGGUGGCAUCGGGCGGUCAGUGUCUAGGUGGCUAGUUGAACACGGGGCUCGCGAGAUUGUAUAUCUCUCACCCUCAGCUGAGAAGGAUGAACAUCGGGGGUUUAUAAAGGAGCUAGAGGUUCAAGGAUGCCUAGUUACCUGUGUAGCGGGGACUGUAACCGACCUCGCUGAUAUUCAGCGAGCAAUCGGAAAGUGUACAAAACGACUUUCUGGUGUCGUCCAGAUGGCACUGCAUCUGCAGGACCGAACAUUCGAGCAUAUGACACCGGACGAAUGGGAUAGUGGACUAGCCCCAAAAGUGGCCGGUACCUGGAAUCUACACACUGCAACACAGGGCAUGGAUCUGUCCUUCUUUGUCAUGUUUGGUUCGAUCGCGGGUUCCGCUGGGUCCCUCGGCCAGGCUAACUACGCUGCUUCGAACACAUUUUUGAUCGGGCUAGCCAAGUAUCGGAGACAGCGUGGCUUGGCAGCAUCGGUCCUAAACCUGGGUCCUGUCGAGGAUGUAGGUAUUAUCAGUAAACGUGCGGACUUUGCUCAGACCACGAGCGUGGCCUCGGCUCAACCUAUAAGUGAACAGGCUGUUCUUGAGUCAUUUCAAGUGAGUAUUGAAGACUCUCAUCCUAACUCACAAUGUUCGGGAGUAUUGGAUGUUGGUAUUGCGGACAAGACAGGUAAGAAUGAGGGCUCUUCGCUCAUGCGAUUAUGGGGGCGCGAUGCCCGGUUUGCUAUGCACAGCAACUUAGCGCAGGCGUCGCUGGAUGAGGGAAUAGACGGACCUGAGCAUCGGCUUCGCGAGUUCCUUAACCAUGUUCAUCAAGACCCUUCGUUGCUGAAUAAGGCUGAAGCGAUUACCGAGUUCAAACGGAACAUGGCUCACCUUAUUUCUGGGACAAUUGCGGGUGGGCGAAAAUUCACUGAUGAAGAGGCAGCCGGUUUUGCAAUUGACUCCCUUGUGGCUAUAGAGAUGAGAAGCUGGGUACGGAGAGCUAUCCAUCUCGACGUCUCACUCUCUGAAAUUACAAAGGCUGGUACUUUGGGCUCACUGGCUGAACAUAUCGUCAAACUCCUGAGGUUGCAGUAUAAGUUGGGUAAUUACGGGCAGCGACUAAAGAUGGCUCUUAUGGAUAAUAUGGGCCAAGGAGAUCUUAAGCAAGGUAUUCAUUUGAGUAGUCGGUUAUGA